ACUUCGCUUGUUAAAUGAUGAGCUUCUGUUAGGCUUGUUUCUCGUUUGUUCACUGCCGCGCUGUUUGAUUGAAGCGCAAAUGCUGGUUUCUAACGACUGUCUAUCCAGCGGAGUAAAUCAGCAAACUAUGAGAUUAGGGCAUAGCUUCUCCUCUGCUAUUUGACUCAGAAAGUACGGUCGUUUCGGUCUGGCAGGAGGCCAGUCGCACGGCUGCGAUGCCUGCGAGAGACGCGCACAUCGCGUGCACGGCUGGACGAAGCAGGCUUCCUUUCGCAGCUCCAGUAACCCUUCGCAGGUCAUCGCGAGAAGAUUGUAGACACUCGCAUGUCGCGAUUCCGACAAGCCCCCUCUUCUGCCUUGUGCUGUUGCUAAUACGCGGCACCUCAGCCGGUGCAGCAGUAUCGAGCGUAUCUGCAGUCCCCGACGCGCCUGGAGCGAGAAACGAGUCGUUAUUGUCCGGCCGGAUCGCAGAUGAGCAGCGAGGUAUACGGCCAGGCUCGGGUAAAGGUUCGGAUGCAAGCGAGGCCCUAAGCUUGGGGGUAGGAACGGGCCGAGGCUCAGCCACGGGCGCAGAGCGAGAACGCGCAGUGGAAGCAAGUCCACAGCUGGAUGACGCGUUAGCAGUCAACCCAGACUCGAUUGUGGCAAGCGUUUACUCGUCCCGGCCACAACCUAGUAACGAGGAUGAUAACCAGCAGAGCACCGCCCCAGGAGGCCGGCGGGAAUUGUUGGAACGUUCGCGCUAUCACCAGCACAAAUACACGCCUUCCGUUUCCUUCGCCUCGUUAUCCUCGAAGCGGCCUGCCGACAAAGCCGCCCUUUACAUUGUGUAUCUUAACUCCGCCCCCUCGAUUCUGACGUAUCGCGGUGGCAUAGCCGGUCUAAGAGCCACCGCUACGAAUACGGAAGCCGACGAUGACGAUAACGAUAACGUUGACGGAGAUUACGAGGACGGGGGCAGUGGGGGGUUGGGGGGAAACGGCGGGAACGGCGGAAUAAGCGGGCAGGGAAUCGCGAGCAUCAAGUCGGUCGGGGGAGACGGGUGGGGGAAGGCGAAGCAAGCGAUUCAGCAGGGAGUCGCAGAGCUAGCGUCAACGGCGGCGGCGGCGGCCGCCGCGGCGGCUGUGGCGGUAAACACGGACGGCUCUCCGCGACGACGCCCCAACGUGCAAUCCGCGGCAGUGCGGGAAUUCUCGCAGUUCCUUAAAGACUCGCACCGGAGAUUAAUCUCCGCGGCGGACCUCCCCGCAUCGCGAAUCGUGCACAGCUACCGGUACCUCAUCAACGCGUUCUCGGCGCGUUUGACGGCGGCGGAAGCGGAGAAAUUAAAGAAGCAGCCGUGGGUGGACAGGGUGGAGCGGAGCCAGCUGGUGCGCGCUGCGACGACGCACACGCCGGACUUUUUAAGAUUGCCGACCAAGGUCUGGCCGCAGCUGAGCGGCGAGAGCCGCGCGGGGGAAGAUGUGAUUAUAGGCCUGAUCGACUCGGGUAUCUGGCCGGAGCACCCCGCGUUUUCAGACAAGACCAGCACUCCCUACGGCGCGCCUCCCAGCCGGUGGCGCGGGCGGUGCAACACGACGGCGGACUUUCCGCGAUGCUCGCGGAAGAUCAUCGGCGCGCAGUGGUUCGUGGCGGGGCUGAAGGCGGAGGGCGGGCGGAUCGAUCCGACCAUCGAGUACCUGUCGCCGCGGGACGCCAACAGCCACGGCAGCUGGUGCGCCGGAGCGGCAGCGGGCAAUGCUGUCCGCGUGAAGUCCGGCGCGCAGCCGCUGGGCACGGCGCGCGGGAUGGCGCCGCGCGCGCGGGUGGCGGUGUACAAGGCGCUGUGGUUCGACGGGCGCGUGGCGAUGGGCAGCGAGGCUGACGUGUACAAGGCCGUGGACCGCGCCGUGGCGGACGGCGUGGACAUCCUCUCCAUGUCGGUGGCGUUCAGCGACGAGAACUACUUCAAGCACCUGCCGCUCAUGCGCGCCGCACAGGCGGGCGUGCUGCCAAUACUGGUGGCGGGCAAUCUCAAGGCUCCCCCAGACACGGACGACGGCAUGUAUCGCACCAUCCGCAACGCCUCGCCCUACUACCUCACCGUCGCCGCCAGCACAACAGACAGAGCGUGGCCGCCCCAAGCCACCCUAAGGCUGCUGGACGGCACUGCUGGUGCGGCCGGGAGCAGAAGCUCCGGCGGCUGGAGCAGAUCAAAGGGCGGCGCUGCUGCGGCGCUCACCAGCACGGGCCUCUCGGGGGAUCCCGCGGACAGCAGCAUGGCAGGAGAGGCAGCAGCGGCGGGCGUGACGGUGGUGGGAGUGACGUACCACGCGGGCACGGCUCGCACAGUCAACCUGUCGCUGGUGGACGCUGGGGCUGCUGGGGCGACCAACGCCUCUCGCAUGCAGGCGCGCAUGUGCAUACCCGGCUCUCUCGACCGGUCGCUAGUUGCGGGCCGCAUAGUUCUCUGUGAGGCGGGGGGAACGUCGCCAGACGCCAAGGCGGGGGAGGUGCGGCGAGCGGGCGGGCGGGCGAUAGUGAUCGCGACUGCGUCCGCCACGGCGGGCAGCGGGGACGGGUACGCGCUGGACCUGCCGUCGCUGGUGGUGAACCAGAGCACGUCGCAGGCGCUGAGACGCUUCCUCAACAAGUCAAGCAACCCUCGCGCCACGCUCUCCUCGCUCUACCUGCCGUCCAACCAGGUGGCGCCAGCCAUGGCGCCCUUCUCCUCCACGGGGCCAAUCGUGGACCCCUCUGUGCCUGCCAGCCAAUCACCCGACGCCUUCAUCAACGACAUCUUAAAGCCCGACAUCACAGGGCCCGGAGUUAAUCUCCUCGGCCCCAUGGCUUCCGGAAAGUCCGGCGAAGCAGCGUACCAGCUGCUGUCGGGCACCUCCAUGGCCGUCCCACAUCUAGCCGGAAUCGCAGCUUUAAUCAUCCAGAAAUACCCUUUUUGGAGCCCCGCGGCGGUGAAAUCGGCAAUAAUGACGACGGCAACGACGUGGAAUAAUAAAGACGAGCCGAUCAAGACGGCCUCGGGGCAGCGAGCCACGCCCUGGAAUUUCGGGUCGGGGCACGUGAUUCCGGCGAGGGUGCUGGACCCGGGGUUGGUGUACAACGUGGGGGCCAAGGGGUACAUGGCAUUCCUCUUUGGGAUCAACGCUGGGUCGGCGCAGAAGCUCUUCUCGCAGCAGCAGCCGCUGAAAGGAGGGCGGGGGGCGUCAAUCAAGGCGUACAAUCUUAACCUUCCGAACAUAUGCGUUUCGAAUCUGGUGAAGCACGUAACGGUGGUGCGGCAGGUUACCAACGUGGCGAGCCAGGCUUCCCGGUACCGAGCGAGAGUGGUGGCGCCAAAGAACGUGCGGGUGACGGUGACACCUGCAGCGUUCACCAUCGCCCCCGGGGCGAGCCAGACGUUCUCGGUGACGUUCACUGUGGUGCAGGCCACGCGCACGUUCUCGUUUGGCAGCCUGACCUGGGUGGACGGCACACACAGAGUGCGGUCCGUGCUGGCAGCGCAGCCCAUCCAGGCGUGAAGCUCUGCGGUGGAUUGUGCGGAGGUGCCUCAUCAGGUCAUAUGGAUAUUGGGGUGUUAAGAUGAGCCCAUUCUGGCAGCCUGACGUUUGUGGACGGCGCGCACAGGGUGCGGCAUACUGGCAGCCAGCCCCCAUUCAGGCACGGUGAUGGCGUCAGGCGAGACUUGGAGAGGAGGAGGAAUGGCUACGUGGGUGGAUGGCACGCAGAGUGCGGUCAGUGCUGGCUGUGUGGUUCUGAGAGGGUGCACUGAGGUGCCUCACAAGCUGUUGAGAAGGAGGAUGGGAGCAGCCUUGAAGGCCAGGAGGAUUGAAGUAGGUCUCACGGCGAAAAGGACAGCAACAAGGACGGCGGUACAGGUAUGGGUCAUGCUGCAGCGCAGCAGGGUUGAAGCAUGAAGGGUGCGAGAAACAUGGAGGGGUAGGAGAGGCACGGAGGGGGGGGUAGAAGAACGGUGGGAGGAGAAGCACGGAGGGCAGGAGAAGCACGGAGGGCAGGAGAAGCACGGAGGGCAGGAGAAGCACGGAGGGCAGGAGAAGCACGGAGGGCAGGAGAAGCACAGGGAGGGCAGGAGAAGCACGGAGGGCAGGAGAAGCACGGAGUGGCGACAAAGCAGUUACAGGAUGCCGUUUUGCUGGUGCCCUUGGGGCUCUGGAACUUGAAGGCAGAUGGAUUGACACCAGCCAGCGGCACCCCUAACGUUUCAGCUAGCAGAGGGGGACUGGGGGGAUUUCAGGUUGAUGAUUUGAUCAGGCUAACUGCGGUGUGGAGCAGUGCGGUAUGUUGCUGCACAACCUGCUGCGUCGUGGCGCUGCAAAUUGACGCCCACUGGUCGCAGCGCGGAUCCAACAGCUAACUGCACAUUUCAUUGUUUCAAUAUGGUUUUAGAAUACUUGACGUGAAUGCUCAUUUAGUUUGUUGCUACAACACGUAGCAGAAUUUUUCUGCAUUUUCUAAUUGUAUCAUUUACUUCUCG